AUGGAUAAAAGGAAGAAGAUGCAACUCGAGAGAAUGUUUGGAUAUUGCUGGGGCACAAGUUUUUUAAUCAUUAAUAUAAGUCUAGGACUUUCUGUGGCCCCCAAAGGGGUAUAGAAGUACUUUUGCAUGAAUGUGGGGCUCUCCCUGUGUGUUUGGGCUGCUUGUGCCCUGUUGUCCAUGAUGACCACUCUCUGCUCAGCAGAGAUCGGUAUAACCUUCCCACACAGCAGAGCUCACUACUAUUUUCUCAAAAGAUGUUUCGGCAACUUGAUCUCUUUCCUGGAUCUCUGGACAGCUUUGUUUCUGGGGCCAGGGUUAGCUGCCAGCCAAGCCCUACUCCUUGCUGAGUAUAGCACUGAGCCUUUUUAUCCCAGAUGCUCUGCUCCAAAGCUGCCAAAGAAACGUCUGGCGCUAGCCAUGUUGCGGACUGUGGGAAUUCCAAAUUCUCGCAGUGUGAAAGAGGUGACUUGGCUUCAGCCAGCCAGCCUAGUGCUGAAAAUGGCCCCACUAGCCCUUAUUUCUCUGGGUGGAGAGGUACUGCUGUUGAGAGGAAGGAAGAGCUUUCAGAUCGAUACUGAGUUUCCAGAAGCCUGAUUUAUAGACGCUGUUUUCCAAGGAUAUUUUGCAUUCUCAGGCGGGGGAUGUUUUACAUUUAUAGCAGGGGAGCUGAAAAAACCCAGAAAGACAAUUCCAAGAUGCAUUUUUACUGCUUUACCUCUGGUGACUAUCAUUUAUCUACUGGUUACUAUUUCCUAUCUGCCUGUUCUGACACCCAAGGAAAUUCUCUCUUCAGGAGAGCCCUUUAAUCAUAGAAAAGGAAAUAAGCAAAACCUUGGCGGUGUAAGGAUGCUAUUGGAGAAAGGUGGCCUUGAUGCUCUGAUUAUCAGAAUAGUCCUGGUGGACUAG